AUGAACUAUCACCUCCUAACCAUCGCCGCCGUGGCCUUCUUGGGUAUUCGCUCAUCUGAUGCUCAGACGCCGAAAGCCAAGUUCGACUCUAAAGUGAAAUCUUUGGGUGUCAAAUUUUACACAGUGACCGAGAUUGGCAAGCUCACUGAUUGCAUCGAUGACUCUUUCUAUGAUUUAUGCACCAUGACAAAAAUUAAAGAAAAAGCAAUCUCAUGUGUAUUGGGUAACACUGCAGCUACAAAGUACAUUACUCUGAUGAACUUGCUAACGACAAGUGAGUUAUUUGGACCAUCUUACAAAAAAAAAACAAAAAAGAACGAAAUAUAA